UUUUAACCGUCGCACCACAAAGUUGUGAAGGUAGCAGCAGCCCAAAUAUUGUCCAGGUCACUACUUUAGCUCACUACAGUGUAGUGAUACAUAACGGCUUCUGCUCACUAUGUAGUGAACUCUGUGACGUGUAAAUAAACCCGACGCCGCGUGUGUGAAGCCCUACAGAAACACUUCACACGUUUAUACGACACAAAAUGGGGAAAAUAAAGCGAGAGCGACAGAAACGUCACCACGAUGCGGUGAAGCUCAGACCUGAGAAAAGUGCUUCAUCUCUGCUACAUGAUGAGGAACAGAUCCGAACAUCACCUGUAAACAUCACACCAACACGAUCAGCUGUUAAACCCACAGACGUUCAGGCCUUUAACUUCCCCAAAGGGGUUUUUGUUGGUACUGUAAUUCCUCCUGAAGCUCUGGUUCAGACUCUUAGUGUUCCUGAGUCUCCAGCAGAACAACCAGCAGAACAACCAGCAGAACAACCAGCAGAACAACCCCGAGGCGCCGGGCAGAAGCAGCAGUCGAAGAAGGAGAAGAUUAAGGAGAGACGUGAGCGCUGGCUGAACAAGAUCAGCAGCAUUAAACUGGCCCGUGAGGAGCAGGCAGCGCUCGCACGCCGCAAGGCCACGCCCAUCGUCGGGGAUAUGAGGAUAUUGGCUGAUGCACUUCCUGAGCUCUGCUCCUUUAUCAGAGCGCCCAGCUCCAAGAAACAGAAAGGUUUGGUGAAGAAGAAACCAGAGCCCACAGAUUUCUGUCAGAUGAAGCCAGCACAGAAACGCAAACUAAUUGAGAUGGAAAUGUCCCGCUUCAGUGAAGUGAUGAAAGACUCUACCUUCAAGUCCAACCCCUUCAGUGUGAUUGGUCAACAUUUGAGGAAACGCCUCAAACAGGAAGACGAGCAGAGUUAACUCCGCCCACUUUCUGCAGACUCCUCCAUAAUCAAUAAGUGUGAGAGUGUGAGAGAGAAUAAGAGUGUGAGUGUGUGAGAGAGAAUAAGAGUGUGAGUGUGUGAGCGAGAGUGAGUGUGUGAGAGAGAAUAAGAGUGUGAGUGUGUGAGCGAGAGUGAGUGUGU